UUAAACGACAUCUGAAAAGCUCGAGAAAAAUACCAGGGAGAAGAACUGGCCAAGGAGCUUUCUCGAAUCAAACUCCGCAUCGACAACACAGAGGUUUUAACUCAGGACAUUGUAAUGAAUUUGCUUUUCUCCUACAGAGAUAUACAGGACUACGACGCCAUGGUUAAACUGGUACAGACCAUUGAGAUGUUGCCCACCUGUGACUUGGCCAACCAGCCCAUGAUUCAGUUCCACUAUGCUUUUGCUCUCAAUAGACGGAAUAGUCCCGGGGACAGAGAGCAGGCGUUACGUGUGAUGUUGCAGGUCCUUCAGUCUUGCGAACAUCCCGCACCUGACAUGUUCUGCCUCUGUGGUCGUAUUUACAAAGACAUCUUCCUCGACUCUGACUGCAAGGACACAAAGAAUAGAGAAAAUGCCAUCCAGUGGUAUAGAAAAGGUUUUGAACUGCAGCCCACGCUCUAUUCAGGAAUUAACUUGGCAGUGCUUCUUAUAGUGUCCGGGCAGCAGUUUGAGACUUCUAUAGAGCUCAGGAAGAUCGGUGUAAGGUUAAAUAGUCUGCUGGGCCGUAAAGGCAGUUUGGAGAAGAUGAAUAACUAUUGGGAUGUGGGACAGUUCUUCACCGUCAGCAUGCUGGCUAAUGACAUUCCUAAAGCUGUACAAGCGGCAGAAAAACUUUUCAAACUCAAGCCACCCAUAUGGUACCUGCGAUCAGUGGUCCAGAACCUUCAACUGAUUCAACAUUUUAAGAAGCAGAACACUGAGCAUUCACCCCAGAGAGAGAGACUUAACUUCUGGAUGGACAUCAUCGUGGAGGCCACCCAGGGAACGACCAACGGCCUCCGCUUUCCGGUGUUGAUCUUGGAGCCCACUAAAGUUUACCAGCCCUCAUAUGUGUCCAUUAACAGUGAAGCUGAAGAGAAGAAUGUUUCCAUAUGGCACGUGUCUCCAGCUGAGACGAAGGGGAUACACGAGUGGAACUUUACGGCAUCCUCCAUCAAAGGCAUCAGCAUCUCCAAAUUUGAUGAGCGCUGCUGCUUUCUGUAUGUGCAUGACAACUCGGACGAUUUCCAGAUCUACUUUUCCACAGAGGACCAGUGCGGCAGGUUCUGCUCCAUGGUGAAGGAGUUGAUAACAGACGGAUCAGGAAAUGCCGUUGAGCUGGAGGGGGAGGGUGAUGGAGACACCCUGGAGUACGAAUAUGACUACAAUGAGAAUGGCGACAGGGUGGUUCUCGGCAGGGGUACUUAUGGAGUUGUGUACGCAGGGCGAGACCUGAGCAACCAGGUGCGCAUCGCCAUCAAAGAAAUCCCAGAAAAGGACAGCAGAUACUCUCAGCCUCUGCAUGAGGAGAUAGCCCUUCACAAGUAUUUGAAACACAGGAACAUCGUUCAGUACCUGGGCUCAGUGUCAGAGGACGGCUAUAUCAAGAUCUUCAUGGAACAAGUCCCAGGAGGAAGUUUGUCAGCGUUGCUUCGUUCGAAGUGGGGUCCCCUGAAAGAGGCCACCAUCAUCUUCUACACCAGACAGAUCCUGGAAGGACUCCGUUAUUUGCACGAGAACCAAAUCGUUCAUCGGGACAUCAAGGGGGACAAUGUGUUGGUCAACACCUACAGUGGCGUGUUGAAAAUCUCUGACUUCGGAACUUCUAAGAGACUCGCUGGAGUCAACCCCUGCACAGAGACGUUUACCGGUACGUUACAGUACAUGGCCCCCGAGAUCAUCGAUAAGGGCCCCAGAGGUUACGGGGCUCCGGCGGAUAUCUGGUCGCUGGGGUGCACCAUCAUAGAGAUGGCCACAGGCAAACCUCCGUUUCAUGAACUGGGAGAGCCACAGGCCGCCAUGUUUAAGGUGGGGAUGUUUAAGAUCCACCCCGAGAUCCCAGAAUCUCUUUCCUCUGAGGCAAAAUCCUUCAUCCUCUCCUGCUUCGAGCCGGACCCCAACAAACGUACGAUGGCCGGGGACCUGCUCAAAGAUCUGUUUCUGCGUCAAAACAUCAAAGGCAAAAAGAACAAGAUCGCAUUUAAACCCUCAGACUACAUCCGCAGCGUUUCACUGCCGGUGCAGCUGCAGGCGGAGGCCACGGGGAGCAGCAGCAGUGAACCAGGCUCCGUAUCUCCAGACUGCGACUCCAAGCAAGAUGUGUUUUUCGAGAAGAAGAAACGCUCCAGCUCCGAGAACCUCAUCAAACCACCCAUCUCAAACUUUCUGAGUGUUCCAGAUGAAAGUCCUACAGCAGAAGAUCGGAGCUCUCCAGCCUCUUCUGAGAACAGUGACUCUGGGCUCUUUCUCCUCAAGAAAGACAGUGAACGACGGGCCAUUCUUUACAAGGUCCUCAAUGAGGACCAAGAUAAAGUCACCUCCAACCUGAUGGAGAACCAUAUCCAGGGUCAAGAAGAGCUGAAGUUGUCAGUAGACCACAUCAAACAGAUCAUCUGCAUCCUGCGAGACUUUAUACGCUGCCCCGAGCGACGCGUCAUGGCGACCACCAUCUCAAAACUCAAACUGGACCUGGACUUCGACAGCACCUCCAUCAAUCAGAUCCAACUGGUUUUGUUUGGCUUUCAAGAUUCUGUAAAUAAAGUGUUGAGAAACCAUCACAUUAAACCUCAUUGGAUGUUUGCCAUGGACAACAUUAUCAGACGGGCUGUGCAGGCAGCUGUCACAAUAUUGAUUCCAGAGCUGCAAACGCAUUUUGGUCCGGCAUCUGAGAGUGAAGGAGCUGAUAAGGAUGCAGAUGAAGUUGACGUAGAAGACGACGCCGACUUUGUUUCGGUGGCACGUACGCCACAGGAAGACCAAGUGCUUACCUCUGGGGUCAGCACUCUCAGCUCGGUCAUAUCCCAUGAGGCUCAGCGGCCACAGCACCCACUGGGAAUCCAACUCGGACGCCUCAAACAGGAAACCAACAGGCUGCUUGAGGAACUGGUGCAGAAGGAGAGAGAGUACCAGCAGGUUCUGAGACUGACUCUCCAACAGCGAGCACACGACAUCGAGCUUAUCAGGAUCAGACAACAACCCGCUGCAGCUCCCGUACCAGAGGCGCCCGGUCCGUCCAUAUUUCAGAUUGCUACACAGCCCGAGCCUGACAAGAAGCUCACCAAUUGGCUAAAGGAGCAUGGCGCCGACUCCGAGACCAUAGACAAGUUCGUUUCGGAAGAUUAUACUCUUAACGAUAUUCUUUGUGAUAUUACUAAGGAAGACCUUCGCUGCCUCAGGCUCAGGGGCGGUGUGCUGUGUCGGAUCUGGCGGGCCAUUCAAAGACACCGUAACAAAGGACUUACAAAACUCAAGCAUGAGGAGGGACAUUCAGAAGGAUGAGAGUUUUGUAAAUCUAUCAUUCAUAGACACCUGAGCCAGCAUAAACAUUCACACGUAUGCCUGUAAUGAGAGACGGAUUCUAAAUACGUGAUUUGAACCUCCUAAUUCUGACGCACUUUGCCCGAUUCUCUCAUCUGCUGCUUUUGUGCCAUUUUUAGGGUAUUAUUUCAGUCUCUCCAAAAUUUCCAUCUCAUUUCAAUAGGAAAACCCACAGGGAUGUCAACAACUCUAUCCAGGAAAGAUUAUGCUUUCCGCUUCUUACACCGGCGUGCUGCGAGGUGUCCGCUGACACGGAAUGAUUCUCUCCAAGUGAUGGGCUGCUCAGAACCCAACUAAAGAGAACUUUCUGUGCUUUUAGCGUUCUAAUGGUUUAUCAUUUUUCAAUUCAAUUAUUAAAUGUAUGCGUAAUAUGAAGUUUUAUGUGACACUUUAUGGAGGUACUGUCUGGAAAAAUGACCUCUCGGACCAGAGCUACUGUAAGAAGCUUGUUUGGGAUAUGGGUUUUGAUAACCAAACGUAAAUAGUUGUAAAAGGCAAAGAAUUUGCUGCUAACCAAAGCAAAUACUUAACCGUAGUAACCGCUGCAUGCCAUUCAAAAAGACUUGCAAGACCAGUCUUGCAGAAAGCCAAUAGAUGCGGUUGACUUUACACCACAGUUUAUUUUCCGGUUGUACUUGUAACCAACUAUUUCAACCCAGUAUCACGCCAAAGCAUGUAUGGAGGAUUUUCAGGCUUAUCUGACCUUGAUAUAAGUGGCUUAAGAGCAUGAACGGAAGAUCAAGGUGAUAAAUCUUCUAUUGAAUUAAGACCAAAACAUCCAACACGCUUGACCCACUUCUGCAGAUUCACUUGAUUCUUCUGUGUGACUUUUGAUCUUGCAUUUCAUUUUCUGUAUUUCAACACACUGUGUUUGUUGAUCUUUUUUCUGAGAAUGGUUGCGCUCAGGGCACCAGUGUUCCGUCUAAGCUAUUUAAGUUAUUUAAUCUGUUGUGUUGGUAUUAAGAUGACAGCGAUGUUGACAAUAAAAGUUAUCUUUUCUCAGAUUGACUUCUAAAAAAAAAAGCACUCAAAUGAUUUGUGAACAGGAUAUUCAAGCUUUGUCGUGUCGAGCCGAGCCGAGAUGCCAACUUGAAACACCGUAUUGCAAAACACUUUCGGGUGAAAAAGUUCACAACUGCAAAAAUCUCACACCUGAACUGCUUUCACUGCCUUCAAAUGUUUUAAAUUGUUUCAAGGGACCAUUUCGCAAGGGCAUUGACAAACUGGAUUUUUAAAGUGAUUUUAAAGAACUAAAAUUUACUGUUUAUGUCCUCAACUAUGCAACCUGUAGGAAAGUAUUUUUUCCAGUAAACGUUUGCGAUACAGUGUUGGGUUGCUUAUCACAGUGAUAUGGAAAUGCUUCUUUUAAAAGUCGAACAGCAACACAUUUUGCAUGAUUUUAGAUAUUUAGCUAACAUGUUUUGGAAAACUGAACGAAUUUGAUCAGUUCUUUCCAAAUUCAGAAUUUGACAUGUUAAAGAUAAAGAAAAACCUAAAGACCACCUGGAAUUUUUGCAUUAGGCAAAUGACACAAAAGAAAACUUUAAUUCAGGCAUUACACUGAUGUCAUUUACAAAUGAUGUCGGCAGCUGUUUGCAGGCAUAUGAGGCUCAUGACAUUUUUGUUUACCUGUGUAUGAGGUCAUAUUUAAUCUUCACUUAUGCAAAUAAAGGGGAAUAGUGCUGAUGGCUGGUCAUUUUGAUCAUUUAUAUGUUUCAUUAUUGAUUUGCAAAAGUUAACGUUUAAGAAAAGAUACCAAAUCUGAUCUUAAUCGACGUACAUAAUACAUGCAGGUUGAUAUUUAAGUUUUUUUCUUUUCACCGAUAGUUGAAUGUAAAAAUAGAAUACGUGAAAAUGAAAACGACAAAUUAGCUGAUUAACUGUUUUGAAGAGCGAAAAAAAAAGUUUUGAAGAGCGAAAAAAGAUUUGAAGAGCGAAAAAAAAGAUUUGAAGAGCGAAAAAAAAGUUUUGAAGAGCGAAAAAAAAGAUUUGAAGAGCGAAAAAAAAGUUUUGAAGAGCAAAAAAAAAGUUUUGAAGAGCAAAAAAAAAGUUUUGAAGACGAAAAAAAAAGUUUUGAAGAGGAAAAAAAAGUUUCAAGGAGAGAGGAAAAAAUCUGACAGACAGAGAGAGAUAGAGAACAGUAGAGAAAGUCUUCGGACUUAGGCUCAGAAAGGGUCUAGGACACUGUUUUUAUUUUUCCCUGCAAUUUUUUUUUCCACUUGCGGUUCAGGGCCACCGUAGUUCUACUACUAGUAUUACACACAUUAAUUUCUUUAUAGACUGUACAGUACACAGACGUGCUAAGAGUAUCUGUACGUCAAAUUGCUGGCUCUUGUAUUCAAACAAUUGUCAAAAUGUCAAAUUUGGUAUUCAGGUAAUUUCCACAUGAACUUAACUUUUGAAAAGUGUUUUCAGUUCCUUCUGCCUUAACAAAAAGUUUACUCUGUCAAAUUCUUUGUGAAUUCUAUUGUUAAUAGAUUUACUUGUUCUUGUGAUCGUGCAGUUUAAAAUUACAUGGCAUGUUCUUCUGAACCCCCAAAAUCGCUGUUUUUCAGGACAUGCAAAAUUGCUGUACUUUUUAAAUGAUUAAAUACUGUGUUGUCAAAGUUGACAAGCACUUUUUAAUACUUUAUAUUGGUUAGAUAUUUGCAAAACCCAGUGACAAACACAAAGGGUGACUAAAAAAUAACGAAAUAUGGUUUCAGAACGACAGCAGCAGCGAUUGAAGACCCUAGAUUUUGUACAAAGCCUUAUUCAAAUUAUUCGGGUGAUAUAAAUGAUUUUGGAAUGCUCGUAGGGGUAAAAUCAUUUGAUGUUGUGUACCCCCUGAACUGAAAUACAAUAAAAUAAUUGUGAAAUUAAAAUGAUGAUUGUGAUGUUGAAAUUUGUGUCCUUAAAACAAGAUCAACACUUGGAUCAUAUGCUUCGGAAAUCACAUUCUAGAUUGCCUAAAUUACACAAAAGUAUUUAGAAGUCAAAACUGCUUAAAAUGAGUUUGUUUCU